AUGUCGUUAAAUUGGGGGUUGGUCGAUUUUAUGGUGGACAACCACUUGAAUAUUAUGGGUUUUCCCGUUCAGGGUCGGUUACAAGAUGCGUUUGUUGUUUAUUCCAUGUUUAUGCAGAAUUUCUUAUGGAAGGAUGCAGAAUUUACCGAGACUUACGCGGACUUCUGUAGAUGUUUAAGCGAAAUUUCUGAUGCCUGCGGUGGCUGUAUUCAAGUGGAGCAGGCAGGCCAUGAACAUACUUUUAGUGACAUUAUUUCGUAUCUUGACGUAGAUUCGUUGAAGAUUUUACAAAAAGUACACUAUGACCAAGCGAUAAAGCUUUCCAUGAAAUGCAGCAGCAGGGGCAUUGUUAAAGAAGAUCCAAGGUUGCUAGAAGGAAAGGAAACGCAAAAGCAAAUCGCGGUUAAAGCGACAACGACAACGACAACAGCGGAAAAACACGCGCUAUAUGGAAAGCUAUUGCAGGUUUUAGAUCAGAGUGAGAAUAUAUCGCCAAAUGCGCAAUACUUGAAACACUUGAACGACCUUUUGUCGAAAGAAUUGGGUUCUACCCAAUUGUCUAAAGAAAGGGCAAAACUCAAUACCGAAAGGGCUCCUUUUAUUCCCCUUUGUUCUAACUCAGAACACAUCUCAUUGUUAUCUACUGUUGUUAACACGUCUAACAACAAAAUUGUGUCGCUACAAAAUGAUAAGCUCAAAAGAUUGGAGUUUGAUUACCCUGGGAUCGUGGAGUGCUCUGAGACGCACAUUCACUUCAUUCCAAAUUUGAAGCCACAGACAGAUCUGACAUUGGGCGACUGCUCAUACUUGGACACUUGCCAUAAAUUGAACAGCUGCAGAUACGUUCACUACUUUCAAUACUACCCAGAAUCGUUGCUAAAACAAAAAAGGAAGCAGGAACAAAACCAGAACCAAAACAAGACCAAAACCCAAUCGUUCUACACGCAGGGCGAGUGUUGCUCCUCAUCUUUCAAGCAAAUCGUGCCUGCACAGUGGAUCAAAUGCGAUGUCAGGAAAUUCGAUUUCAACAUUCUCGGCAAGUUCUCUGCUGUCAUUGCUGACCCUGCUUGGAACAUUCACAUGAAUCUUCCAUACGGAACUUGCAACGAUAACGAGCUAUUACAAUUACCCUUCGACAUCUUGCAGGACGAAGGAUUGCUAUUUUUAUGGGUCACAGGCCGGGCCAUCGAAGUCGGCAAGGAAUCGUUACAAAACUGGGGCUACGAAGUCGUAAACGAAAUAUCUUGGAUCAAAACGAACCAGCUUGGGCGUACCAUCGUCACAGGGAGAACAGGGCACUGGUUGAACCACAGCAAAGAGCAUUUGCUAGUAGGUGUAAAGGGGAACCCAGCAUGGCUAAACAAAAAAAUUGAUAUAGACUUGAUUGUCAGCGCUACAAGAGAAACGAGCAGAAAACCUGACGAGCUUUAUGGCAUCAUAGAAAGGCUCGUAGGAACGCACGCCCGAAAGCUAGAGAUUUUUGGAAGGGACCACAACAUACGCCCCGGCUGGUUCACUAUCGGGAACCAAGUCACUGGCUCUUGCAUCCACGAAGUUGAUGUUAAGCGCAAGUACAAGGCCGCCUUCCCCGAUCAAAACAGACUUUGA